AAGAUCAAAAUAUUGGAGACAAAGAUGAUGCAAAAACUCUUUGCUAAAACUUUAACGAAGUUGAUAUCUCAUAGUCACAGGUCUUCCACUAGAAGUAAUCUCUCUGCUGCUCCAUUAUUGCAUCCCGCUCCAAAAACUUCCACCUCUCUUGAGACUCGAUCGAUGUCUUCUGCUAUACCACCUGCAAAGAAGAAAAUAGGGUCAACGCUAUUAUGGUUCUUGGGUGGAUUGUUUACAUACGGUGUGGCCGAUUGGCAGAAGAUCAGACAGCGAGAAGAGAUAAUGAAACAGCUGGAUUUCAGACAACUAUGCUUACAAAUGGAACCAAUGAAGCUAAUGACUGCAGUGAAGAAUGUUGAUAGAAUAGGAUUUCGACGGGUAGUGUGUAAAGGCGUUUUUGACAAGCAAAGAUCGAUCUAUGUGGGUCCAAAGCCUAGAUCCAUGUCCAAAGGGUCUGAAAGUGGCUUCUAUGUCAUUACACCUCUCUUGCCAAUCCCUAAUGAACCAAAUAGCAUGAAGUCUCCUAUUCUAGUAAAUCGCGGAUGGGUUCCUUCGGAUUGGAAAGAAGAGUCUCUAGAAUCCACAAAAACCGAUGAUGUUGCUGCAAAAGAAUUGAGAAAAGCUAAUAAACUACUCCCUUCUCAACAAAAUCCCUUGUUGAAGUUCUUGCAUAAGUUGUUUGCCAAGUCAGUGAUUGCUGAGCAAGCCUCUAGGGUUAUGCAUGUGGAAGUGGUUGGUGUGGUUAGAAAAAGUGAGAUUCCAGGCAUAUUUGUUCUACCAAAUGAUCCAAGUUCGGGUAAGUGGUUCUUCGUUGACGUUCCUGAAUUGGCUCAAGCCAUGGGAUUUGGUGAGAACACGAUCUAUAUAGAGAAGACAUAUAGUGAUAUUGAUGAAAAUAGACCUUAUCCAGUCCCGAGAGACAAUGAGAACUUGAUUCGUAGUAAAGGUGUACCAAUGGACAAUUAUCUUUACUCAUUUCUAUGGUAUUGUCUCUCCGUUGCUUGCUUUUCCAAGUCAAGAACGAGUUUCAUGCGAAGCUAGCACGUACUUAUUUUAGUAUGAUCUUAUAGGUUAUUAGGAAUAAUUGAUUCUUAA